CCUGUUGUUGUUUUCAUAUGCGGGAGUAGAAAAGUUGUUGGUUGCGGGUUUGGUUUACUUGUGGCUUCGCAAGCAUGCCGACACUAAAUUGGAAAGUAUCUUAAGUGAAAGUGAUUUCUCAGAUAGUGCGUAAGUUGAGUGCGGCGAGUCACGACCUGUGUUUUUCUUAUUAGGUGGUCAACAGCACAAAGGAAUUAGAAUCAACGCUUCGUGAAUUUUGUCAUAUACUUGCUAUGUCUGGAGACUCAAAUGAAAUCUUUCACAGGCGAACACUAUCCCAGGUGAAUGGGACUGUUCAGUAUGGAAAGGCAGAAACGACGAAACAUGGAAAACUUCCAGAGGAAACCAACGCGAACAGGAGUAAUCCGAUAGUGUACAUUGUUUUCAUCUCACUUCUUCUGGACCUACUUGCUUUUACAAUGAUUCUGCCCUUAUUUCCAUCACUUCUCGAAUAUUAUCGAACAAAUGACAAACAUGGGUUAUAUCAAAGCUUAUCGAAUAGUAUUAAGUAUUUCCAACAGCUUGUUGGGGCACCAGAUAAAUACAAUUCCGUCCUAUUUGGAGGUUUUCUUGGUUCGAUGUUCAGUUUCCUUCAGUUUUUAACUAGUCCAAUUGUCGGUGGAUUGUCCGAUGUGUAUGGAAGAAAACCAAUGAUGCUGUUGUGCGCGACGGGAAUAUCAUUAUCGUAUUUAUUAUGGGCAUUCUCGAACAACUUUGCUCUCUUUGUUUUGGCUCGAUUUGUGGGUGGGUUAAGUAAAGGAAAUAUAUCGCUUAGUAUGGCGGUCAUAACAGAUGUUUCGAAUGCGAAAAAUCGUGCCAAAGGUAUGGCGUUAGUAGGAAUAGCCUUUUCGCUAGGCUUCAUUAUUGGACCAAUGAUUGGAGCAAUUUUCGCAAUGACUUCAGACAAAGGAUCUGGAUCAUGGUUUUGGUUACCUGCCAUGUUCGCAAUGAGUUUGAGUGUAGCGGAUUUACUGUUUUUAGUAGUCUGCUUGAAGGAGACAUUGCCAAAGGAGAAGCGGGCUUCCAAUAUAGCAACGUCAGUUGCACAAGCGUUCGACUUUAUUAACAUCUCCUCGAUCUUUCGAUUCGCUGCUGUGAAAAAUGUAAAACAAGCAGAUGUCUACAUUUUAAGGCAUCUCGGAUUUAUUCAUUUCAUAUAUUUAUUUAUCUACUCUGGAUUAGAGUUUACCGUGACAUUUCUUAUGUACCAUAAGUUCGAUUGUACGUCAAUCGAUCAAGCGAGGAUGUUCUUAACAACAGGCGUAAUCAUGGCAUUGCUUCAAGGAUCCGUCGUUCGAAGACUGCCUCCUCAGUUAGUGAAGAAAUCGGCCGUAUUUGGUUUAUACCUCAUUGUACCUGCCUUUAUUUGUGUGGGAUUAGCGAAAAGCCUUGUCCUUCUCUACUUUGGAAUGAUACUUUUCGCAAUAUCAACGGCUUUCGUAGUAACAUGCAUGACAACCAUAGUAUCAAGAUAUGGACAAUUUGAUCAAAAAGGAACAGUAUUGGGCAUUUUUCGCUCUUUGGGUGCUUUAGGACGUGCUUUGGGACCAGUUAUUGGAUCAAUGGCAUUUUGGAGUGUUGGAGCUUCAACGACUUAUGUCUUUGGAGGCCUCAUGUUACUUAUCCCCGCCAUACUGCUUAAUCGUUUGCAAACGUCAUAGUGACUAUGCAAAGUAACCCGAAUAAGUGCAACUCGAAUCACAUUCCUGAAGGUAUUACCUGCUCAAGUAUCGUCGUAUUGCAACAUACAAGUAUUUUUGAUAAUCUACUUAUUUUUAGUAACUUAUGUAAAUACAAGUAUUUAGAAUUUAAUGAAAUAAAAAAGAUCCAGUGUUACAAGCAUUUUGUUAUCAACAUUUUGUAUAUUUUUUGUAUGAUUAUAUAUUAUAUAAAUAAAUAAAUUAUUAUUAUCA